CACGUACACUUACGGCCUGGAAUCGAAGCUCUUCGUUUCCAUCAUAUUGGGGUACAUCAAUUCCAUUAUCGCCGAUAGGGUUCGCUUGAUGCGAUGCUGUUUAUUUCCCAGGGAUUCUCCGAUUGCGAGAUUGGGAGAAUACCUUUAUAAAAGGCGAACGAUUCGCCAUCUCGAGAUUCGUCCGUCUUUUUUAUCCAUCGCAUCGCCAUCAUGUUGGGUUACACGACUCUUUUGACUGCUUUCGUGAGCGCUGUCUCAGCAGGCACUAUCCUCUGGGACGGCCGAUUUAAUGAGAUGACCAGCAGCGCCGACCUCAACAAGUGGUCUUGGGCAAACCAAGUCGGACCGUACCAAUACUACAUCCACGGCUCAGGUGCCGUCACUAAAUAUGUCAACCUGUCGCCAAGCUACAAGAACCCAGCGGACCUGGGCACGAAGCAGGGCGUGAAGAUCACGAUCGACAACACCGCGAAGUGGAACUCGGAUAUGUGGAGGACGGAACUCAUCCCCCAGACCACAGCCGCCAUCAAUAAGGGCACCGUCUACUACCACUUCUCCAUCAAGCGCUCGACGACGAACGUCCCUAGCGCCACCAACGAGCACCAGAUCUGCUUCUUCGAAAGCCAUUUCACCGAGCUCAAGUACGGCUGGGUCAACGGCGAGUCGGGCACCAGCAACACCAACCUGCAGUGGAUGGUGGGCGGCCAAUCGAAGUGGAAGGUCGAGCUCAAGGCUGAUGAGUGGCACAACGUGGCUUACGAGAUCAACUUUUCUUCCAACCAGAUUACUUUCUGGCACUCCACUGGUGCCGACCCGCUCGUUAAGACCGCGGGUCCCUUCUCCGGCAGCACUUCGUCCAACGGCGCUGAUUGGCAUCUUGGUGUCCUUCGCCUUCCUCGCGCUGGAAACGAUGGCACUGGUGCUGAAGACUGGUACUUCUCUGGUGUUUACAUCGAGAGCGGUUCUCUCACCACCUCUGUUAACAGCCCGGCAUAGAGGACGAGGCUUGUAUAUAUUUAGAUCAUUGAGCAGAUGCUGUUACAGGCAACCUUUUGUACAUAUCAUUAUCAAGAAAUCUAAAUCGAUGAUUCCGGU